AUGAGUGGGGUUCAUCGUCACCCGGUGACGUUCUUUCCCCCUGCUGUACACAUGCUAGCCAUUGUGCGUGCUUCUCCCGUAUUUCUCCCCGCGUUUGUAUGGGCCCGCGCUGAUUACCCGAUCUCUCUCAACGGAGGCUCCCUAUUCAAGCCCAUGGCACUUGGUUAUUGCACGGUGGAAGUGGCGCGAAAUAUAUUAAUCAUCGAGGAUCUUCGCAACAGCGUUCAGCACGUCAUCUUUAUUGAUGACCCUGCCUCCAACGGUGUGCCUGCUGUCCCGAUCGAGCGCACUGUUGGUACCAUGGCCGAGCUCGACGUAAAAGCCGGCAAAUCGAAGUACCUCGGUCUUUCCGAGCUGCGCCGUGCAUACGCGGUACACCCGAUCUCCGCACUUCAAGUCGAGUACCCGCUGUUCAUGCUGAUGUUCGAGGACGGGAAGAUCGGCCUCCUAAAGACGGCACUUGGCGAGGGCCUCCAGCAGUCACACUACAUGUGCGCAUGUCCCCCUGUUCUCUCAACUUGA